CUGUUUUAUAAAAUAUAAUCUGCGUAUGAUUUGAAAAAUAAAUAUAAAAGUGAAAUAUUUAUUUUAUUUAAAAGAAAAAGUUUAUUUAAUGAUUACAAAAUAAUACCAAAAUAUAAUGGUGUCAAAGGAGAGCACAGUCCGAGAAAAAGCGAUCAAACGACUUAUGGCGGAUCACAUCAAAUUGAAAAACACACCGGAAAUAGGCAUACACGCAGAGCCAUCUGUGAAGUCAAUGCUAACAUGGGAAGGAUACAUAAAUGGACCAGAAGGCUCUUAUUACGAAGGAGGAACAUUCCAUAUAAUUAUAAAUUUUCCUAAAGACUAUCCUCAGAAACCGCCUGAUGUGAAAUUCACAUCACAUAUUCUGCACCCCAACAUAUUCUUCAACGGAGAGAUUUGCUUGGAAGAACUUGAAGACGAAUGGGACUCUAGUUACGACGUGUUGUCGAUACUUCUCUUGAUCCAGCAUCUUCUCAGGGAGCCCAACUUUUCUUCUCCCGCCAAUCCGAAAGCAUCUAUGCUUUUUAGGAAGAACAAGGAAGAGUACAAAAAUGAGGUGAAGGCCUGUAUAAAGAAGAAUGAAGAAUAUGAAGAAAUCGAAAAUAAAAAAGAUAGUUAUUAA